AUGGAAACUGUUAAAAAUGGUAUGAAAUUAGAGUUUGGAGUUGAGUGAAAUGAUUUUUGUACAGAAAACAAAGAUGAAACAAAUAUCAAAUUAUCAGAAGGUGAUCGACUUGGAGAUUAUGAAGUUGUGAAAAUGAUUUCUGCCGGGGAAUUCGGAGCUAUUUAUGAGGUGAUUUUGAAAACAACUCUGGGAACAAUAGCAUAAACAGUGUUCUUAACGUCCAAAAAUCAAUAUUACACUACCGUAACCUCAGCCUACAUCCACAUCAAAUUUCCAAUCAAAAACUGAUUCUAAGUGAUAACAAAACUACAGUAGUUCUAAAUUUUGAUCACAAAAACACACCACAACAAAGAAUUUAGAAUUUUAUUUUCGGCAUGGUAUUUUUUGUAAUAACAGACAUUGUAGAGUUCUAAAAAUAGAUGUUUAUGUGUCUAUUUGGCGUGUGAACUUCAGCAAAAAAUUUUCCGAACUCAUACUUAGCUAACAAAAUCUCAUUAAACGGUUUAUUUCGAAUUGCACUAAUCAGUAAGACUUUGAAGUAUUGUAGAUUAAAAAAAUCAGCUUUGAAACCCACGCUUUUUUGCAAAAUGUGUGAAUUAUACUUCUGGAGUGUAGGUUCAAAAGUUUCAAUUUGGCUAUAAAUAAAUAAACAACAUAUUCGUCAUCGUUCGUUUCUUUGAUAUAUCAAACCGGUUCUUGCCUACACUCUAUUUACGUCUGUAGUUUGGUUAAUUUACAUUUUUCGAGUUUCAAACUACGCCUACGAUUUUUGACAAAGAUUUUGAGAAGGGGAACUUAGGCGAACUGAUUCAAGGCUGAAAAAUCCUGAAAGCGUGGAAGAACUCUCCCGAGAGGCUAUGGAAAAUUCUGAAGAUGAAAAAUAUUUUUUAUAGGUUCGCCACACAAAUAGUCUACCAUUUGCCCUAAAAGUUGAGGCCAGAAAUGGAGCAGAAAAAUAUUUGAAAAUGGAUGCUACAGUACUUCAGUAGGUUUUUUUUAUCAUUACCUCCCAAAAAAUCUUCGCUACAUUCUUUAUCAGAAGUCUUGAAAAACUGCAAUCCCCACACUUUUGUCGAUUCUAUUUUUGUGCUCGAACAACUCAUUUGAAUAUCAUCGUGAUGAGUUUAUGUGGAAGAAAUUUGAAUCAAUUGCGACAAGAAUGCAAACAUCAAAAAUUCACAAUUUAUACGGCAAUGAAUGUGGCAAAACAGACAUUGGAUUCGAUUCAGAUUUUGCAUAGCAUCGGAUUUAUUCAUAGAGAUAUAAAACCUGGCAAUUUUUGUAUUUCACUUGAAAAUCCAAGAUUGAUUAAGUUAUUGGAUUUUGGGAUGAGUCGGAAAUAUUUGGAUAAAAAUUCGAAGUUAAUGAAUCCGAGGUGGUAUUCAACGUUUAAAGGGACAAUUCGAUAUGCUGCAUUGGCGACACAUAAUGGAAGAGAGAAUAGUAGGAAAGAUGAUUUGGAAUCAUGGUUGUAUGUUAUGGUAAGUCUUAUGAUUUAAGGUUUCAAAAGAAAAAAACCACGAAACAUAUAAAGUGGUUUGAAAAAUGACGUAGGACAAAAAUACGACAACAAAUAAGUAAGUAAACAUUUGAUGAUGACACACAUUUUACACUUUCUCGGAACAUGUUUUAUUCAUUCGAUAAAUGUAAAUAUAUAUACUUAUUUUCGAACUUUGAGAUUUAAAAAUGGAGUAAGGCUAGGAAUAAACCUUGGAAAAAUUCUAGAAAAUCUGAAAAAUUAUUUUUAAUUUUGCUGAAUUUCAAAAACGUUUUUUUUUUAUCUCGGUGAGAAAAUUCUACAGUUCAGAAGACAGAAAAAAUUCUUGAGGGCCAACAUUGUUUCUAAAUUUUUCGAAAAAUUUUAGAAUCUGCGAGGUGGGAUAAAUUCUGGAAAGCCUUGAACAAAAUCUACAAGGCCUGAAAGAUUUUUUUUCAAAAUUUUCAGAAUUGAAAAAAAAUAGAAGCCCUCUUCUAUAAUUAAUUCUUCAUAAGCCUGGAAAAAUUUCCUGAAAGCCUAAUAAUUUUUCUGAAUUUUUUUGAAGUCUGGAACAGAAUCUACAAGAGUCUCUGAACCUUUGAAGAAAUUCUAGUAUCUUAAAAAAAUUUUUCUGAUUUAUUAGAGACUUGGAAAUUUAUCUGAAAGUCCUAAAGAAUGUUUCUGAUUUUUCCAGAAGCCUGAAUAAAAAUCUACGGGGACUAGAAGAUUUUUCUGAACUGUUGGAAAAAUUCUAGAAUCUUCUAUUUUUUUUCUGAAUUUUUAGAGACUUGGAAAGGUGCUCUGGAAUGUUUCUGAUUUUUUCAGAAUCCUGGAAAAAUCUAGAACUUCAUCCUCACGUUUUUUCAGGUUGAAAUGAUGGUUGGAACUCUCCCUUGGUACACAAUGAAUGACAUCGCACAUAUCGCACAAUCAAAACAACACUCAAGAACUCAUAUAAUUCGCGAAUUCUUUUCCGGAUGUCCCAAAGAAUUCAUUCACAUUCUUGUUUAUAUUGAUAGCUUGGGUUAUUAUGAUUGCCCAGAUUAUGCAAUUAUUCGAGGAUUGAUAACACACGCGUUGAGAAAAACGAGAAGAUCAAGCAAUAAGUUGUAUGAUUGGGAGAAGGUGAAUGUUUCUAUUCCGAUUGUUUCGAAUUCAUCAUCGCCGUCGUUGGAGAUCAAAAGUAGUCUCUCGAAAAAUUUAUGAAUGAAAUUUUUGUAUUUAGGAAGUUUAUUUUUUCUGAACUAGGAGCUCCGUGAGAAAUCUAAAAAAAAUUUACCUCAAAGCGGGAUCGAACCCAUGACCUAAAAAUUGAAAGGCGUGCGUGUUAACCACUCGUCCACGCGCUCACGUUUUUCUCGUACGCAAAUGUUUGAUAUAUGAAACGAGCCCUCCAGAAUCUCCCAACCAUCAAACAUCCUUUCAAAUUUUCUUCGUCCAACAAUUCAUUACUUAUAUGUUUUUCAUCAAAAAUAAUAAAAAAAUAAUAUUUUUGUAGUAUUUUUCAACAUUUUCAUUACACAAAUACCAGUUCUUUUCAUUCAUAUAAAUAAGUUUGUAGAUCCGCAAAAUUUUUAAGAAAGAAACAAAAAUGAAAUUUUUAGUCGUUCUCUUCGUUUUGUUUUCCGUCGUCCAAUCACAAUUUGGAAUGGGAAUGGGUAAGUUUUUUUUGUAAUUAAAAAAAAAAUUUUUCAAAAAUUUGUUUUGCAGGUCCUGGAAUGGGGAUGGGAAUGAUGCGACCUGGUAUGGGAAUGGGUCCAGGAAUGAAUCGAUUCGGCGGUGGGCCAAUGAUGAGACCUGGAAUGGGUGGAGGUUUCGGAAGACCUAUGAUGGGACCAGGAAUGGGAUGGGGAAGAAAAUAA